CCCCUCCGACUCACUGUAGGGACUGCUGUUGCAGCCCGAGCGUACUGCAGCAGCAGAGGCAGGAGCCGCACGGGACGGGGGGUGAAGUCGUGAUGGAAUCACUUCGUUGUAGGUUGCUUGCGCUGUUUGCACUCGCUUUCGCCUCUUCGGCUGGGUUCAUGGUGCCGCCAACAUGCCACAGCAAGAGAGGCCGCGGACACGUGAUGAUGGCUUCCGACCAACAAGAAGGGUACGUGUCUUGGUUGACGCAAAAGAUAGAGCGGGCGAGGAGACCCCCCUUUGUCAAGAUUGCAAGGGCCCGGCUGCAGAGAGACUUCGCCGUGCUGCUCAUGCGGGCGAGCUACCAGGUUGUUGAUGAGCUCGACUUCGUUCCGAUGGACGAUUUUCAGAAGCAAUUUUUCCUGUUCCGACAGCGGGAGUGGCUCGGCUACAAGGAGAAUUUCCCGCGAAUAAAGCAGGGCGAUUUGGCAGACCCGGAUUACUUCGACUUUAUCAGCUUCGCGCAGUACGCUUCCGUCGCGGAGGCGAUGAGGAACGGCCGGGACUUCUUCGAGGAGAAGGUGGGGGCCGAGGGCGAGAAGAGGACCGUACAGCGGAGUGCCGACUUCAAGGACAACGCCCGACUACCGGAGGAGCACGCGAGGAGAGUCGGAGAUAGGAUAUUGGCUUAUUGUACAGAGGCGUUCGGCUCUACCAAGCUAGCGCCGGUGGUGACGCAAGGGCAGACGGUCGCCGAGCUCCGGGAGGGGUGCGACCGAAUCAUGAACCUGCUGCGGCUCAACUUUUAUACGCUCGACUACGCCGUGACGGCAGACUUGGAUCGCAAGGUCCUUACGGUUAGGGCUACGGCACCCGCCACCAUCUGGGGGCAGCAGGUGCUGGCGCAGCGGCGAGAUCGUCCCGCGAACGACUUCGAGGCCAAGGUCAUCUCGGCGUACCUGCGAGCCUGCGGUCUCGAGGGCGCCACCUACUCGACGGCCUUCAGCAGCCUGGAUGCGGUGCACACGUUCCGGUUGUGACGGCCGCGCGCCCCUGGCCAUUUUAGCGAUGACGGCGGCUUUUUUUUUACGUUUUUCUGUAAGAAAGUCUUGUGAGUUUCUGGGAUGACUCUCGCACGCGGGCCAGUCAAAAAAAAGAAUGUUUAACGUUGUGGUUGCCGGGUUCUCGGGUCUAUUGUAUUUUGCCCAAGACAUGAAGGUUGUGAGCAAGACGGAUUUUGGUGUACCCUUCUUGGCGAUCGUAUGCCAGACAGCAGAAGUGGCACUAAGCAGGUCCGUAUCUGGAUCGUACUACUCUGACUACAUGAACAUAUGUUCGUCCUGCCUUGCCGGACAUAGGCCUUAUCCCAUACGAUACAACAAUCGUGAUGCACGGAUGCAGAUGUCGCCAUUACGACUCGCUCGGCCAUCGUUGGACCUACGAUACAAACAAGAGACACGUGAAAACGUUUUUCCAAUUCUGCACCAGGUGGGCCACGGUCUUGUUGAACUGCGUGCAAGACAAAAAAACAUCGCGCUUUUCGAAGGGUCACACAGUAACCUUGUCUUCCUUUCGCUCUUGCGACAAGAAGACCAAAAACCUCGAAAUUUUCAAGGAUCCAUCGUUUGCUUGUGCCGAGGACCAACUCAUACGGAUGGCCAGGGACAAGGAAUAAAAGCGACCUCCUCAAUCGAAGGCGCCGACCGCACCACCUUUUGGGGCUCAACACUCACCUACACAACAAAUACGGUUUCCUUUUCUAAAGCAAACCAGGAAAAACUGCUCAACCAAAAGGCGUCCCGAAGAAAAAAGAACACCUGCAAGCACAACCACCCACCGGCCCGGCGAAGACGGACACGCUCCCCCCCAUGAUGAGGUGGUUUCUCAUUGAUGCUACUUGAAAGUCAUGUAGAGUGGGACAGGGAGGGGUGAUGCUACUGUAGUCGA